CGCGCGCCCUGCCCUUUACCUUCUCCCGAGUCCGAUCCUUUGUCUGCUCAUCACCUCACAUCGCAUCCCUAGACCAUCUUCACGACCGUGAGCUGCGACGAAACUGAAACAUAAGCAGCAAAUUUCUUCUCGGAUAUCUUAGACGGAAACCCCCCGUAUCCAUCGGCCAGAGGAAACCUCUGCAAAGAUGUCUCAACGACAUGGCUCGAGAAAGAUCAGCUUCAACGUAAGCGAUCAAUAUGAGAUCUUGGACGUUGUUGGAGAGGGAGCCUACGGAGUUGUCUGUUCGGCUCUUCAUAAGCCUUCGGGACAGAAAGUCGCUAUCAAGAAGAUCACCCCCUUCGACCACAGCAUGUUCUGUCUCAGAACCUUGCGCGAGAUGAAACUCUUGAGAUACUUCAACCACGAGAACAUCAUCAGCAUCCUCGAUAUCCAGAAACCCAGGGAUUUCGAUUCCUUCACCGAGGUUUACUUGAUCCAGGAGCUCAUGGAGACGGACAUGCACCGUGUGAUCAGGACCCAAGACUUGUCGGACGAUCACUGUCAAUACUUCAUCUACCAGACGCUGCGCGCGCUCAAGGCCAUGCACUCGGCGAACGUUCUGCACCGCGACCUCAAGCCAUCGAACCUCCUUCUGAACGCUAACUGCGAUCUGAAAGUCUGCGACUUUGGUCUCGCCAGGUCUGCCGCUAGCACCGAGGAUAACUCGGGAUUCAUGACGGAGUACGUGGCGACUCGUUGGUACCGUGCGCCGGAGAUCAUGUUGACCUUCAAGGAGUAUACGAAGGCCAUUGACGUGUGGAGUGUUGGAUGCAUCUUGGCCGAGAUGCUGAGCGGCAAGCCUCUAUUCCCUGGAAAGGAUUACCAUCACCAGCUCACGCUUAUCCUCGACGUCCUCGGUACCCCUACCAUGGAGGACUACUACGGAAUCAAGUCCCGCCGCGCCAGAGAGUACAUCCGCUCUCUGCCAUUCAAGAAGAGGGUCCCGUUCGCCUCCAUGUUCCCCAAGACUUCACCGCAGGCUCUCGACCUGCUGGAGAAAUUGCUGGCCUUCAACCCGGCCAAGCGUAUCAAUGUCGAGGAUGCCCUGCGACACCCGUACUUGGAGCCGUACCACGACCCCGAGGAUGAGCCCACUGCGCCCCCGAUCCCCGAUGAGUUCUUCGACUUUGACAGGCGGAAGGACGAUCUGUCCAAGGAACAGCUCAAGACCCUCAUCUACGAGGAGAUCAUGCGGUAGGGGGUGGUUUUAUUUGGUUAACCUUGAUUUGGUGCCUUUUUUUGUGGUUGAAUACCCAACAUGUGUAUUUUCUUUCUUUGUUGAUGUGUAAAUCGAGUGUU